AUGUCCAACAACAGUAAUAAUAAUAAUAAUAAUAAUAACAACAACAAUAGUACUAAUAAUGGUGGUUCAUCGAUUAAUAGAUCAACAACUCCUUUAGCUAUUUCAGCAAUAACGAAUAACUACGAAGAGAAUAAUAGUAACACUAAUAAUAAUAAUAAUAAGAAUAACAAUAAUAAUAAUAAUAAUAGUAAUAAUGAUCGUAAUAACACAAACAAUGAGUCUAUAACAUCAAACAAUACUGGGAACUCUACUAGACCAACAGCUAAUAUGAAUAGUGCUUCAUCGCAAUCGGCUGCUACUUCGGGUUCUACUGUUAAUUAUCAAUAUAUUUCACCGGAACAAUGGCAAUAUCAUCAACCUCAACAGCAGUACUACCAAGACCAGCUACAACAACAACAGCAACAACAGCAACAACAACAACAACAAUUGCAACAGCCAUUCAUGAACAACGAAAACAAUGCUACUUCCCAAGUCAUGCAAUCACAGCAACCACAACAACAAUACUACGUCAGUAAUCAAGAUAAUACAAAUACAGCUGUUCAAUCUCCAGCUAUGACAUAUUAUUACUAUUAUCCUACACCUCAAUUUCAAAUACAACCACCAACAACUGUAAAUUAUCAAUACGCAAACCCUGUAGCAGCUGUCACAGCACCUCCACCUACAAAUGGACCUCCUGCUCUAAAUGCUUCCACUGGUGCUACGGUUGCUGCCGCUCCACCACCACCACCACCUCCUGGUGCAACUACAACUCAAUAUUAUUACUAUCCUCCAUCUCAAUCUCAAUCUCAAGCUCAAAUGCAAAAUAAUAAUAACAAUACUAAUAGUAAUGAAAAUAUACGAUCCUAUGAAGCAACGAAUGAUAGAAACUCCUAUUAUGAAAACUAUCAAGCCGCUUACUAUAAUCAGCAGCAGCAGCAACAACAACAACAACAACAGAUGCAAGCUCAAGCUCAAGCUCAAGCUCAACAACAACAUCUUCUUCAUCAUCCACAAACACAACCACAACAGAUAGUUUAUGGCUCACCACUUCCUUCAAAUAAUAGUGAUAUGAAUCAAUAUCAAUCUUAUCAAACAAUAGAAGGAAGAGCAACUUCAAUCACUCCACCAUUUAAUAAUAAUAACAAUAACACUAAUACCAUGGCUCAAUCUCAUCCAGUCCAACUCCCCGUACCAUCCGGACAGCUUUUUUCUAAGAAUCAAAACCAAAACCAAAUUCAAAACCAAAUUCAAAAUCAAGCAUUAACAGAUUAUCCAAGCCCUUCUACUUAUCAAUACCCAGGUUUCCAGCAACAACAAGCAGCUGCAGCUGCAGCUGCCGCGGCUGCUGAUGCUGCUGCUAAUCAGAAACAAGAUAGUCAAUCACCAUCACAACAACAACAACAACAACAACAACAAACAUCUGAAUUAUCAGCAACAAAUCCACAAAUCCAUCAGCCACAACCUCAAAGUUAUAACCAAACAUCAACUUAUCAAAGUUCAUAUAUUACUUCUCCAUUACCUCCAUUAUCUACUACUCCAGAUCUAUUACAACAACAGCAACAGCAACAGCAACAGGGAUCUCUUCCAACAUCAACAGCAUUACCUUUAUCAAGGACCACCAUAAAUAAGAAUAUCUCUGCAUCUUCACCUUCCAAUACUACUACUACAAAGAACAUAAAGAAGAAAAGAAAACAACGUAAAAAGAAUAAUUCCAUAUCAUCCACAACCACCAAAUCCCAACAACAAGAUGAAAAUGAUACCGUCGCAACAACAGCCACAUCAAUGACAACACCUGCCUCAAUUGCAAACAAUAACGUGGUAGACUCAUCGUACAUAAAACCAAGGGUAACUACAACAAUGUGGGAAGAUGAAAGAACCAUAUGUUAUCAAGUAGAAGCUAAUGGUGUUUCAGUGGUACGUAGAGCAGAUAAUGAUAUGAUCAACGGUACAAAAUUACUAAAUGUAUCCAAAAUGACUCGUGGUAGAAGAGAUGGGAUCUUAAAGGCUGAAAAAAUUAGACAUGUAGUUAAGAUUGGAUCUAUGCACUUGAAAGGUGUUUGGAUCCCAUUUGAAAGAGCAAGAAUAAUGGCUGAAAAGGAGAAAAUAUUGGAAUUGUUGUAUCCUUUGUUCGUUAGAGAUAUUGAAACUGUGUUGAAACAAACUAGACCACUGGUUUACCACCAUGUCGAUAAUACUAAUAAUAAUACAUAUGCAAACGCGAAUGCGAAUGUGGAUGCGAAUGCGAAUGGUGAAAAUUCAAAUGGUUAUAGUAUGAACGCUACUUCUUCUCAUGAGUUGACGUAUAAUCAAUAUGAAAUUGCAAAUAGUAAUGAUAAUAAACAACGACAAAUGAUGUAUCAACCGCAACCACAGCAGCAGCCACAACAGCAAGUACAUGGUCAACUUCCAUCAGUCCCACAACAAUAUCAGCAACAACAACAACAACCAAUGAUGUAUACCCAGUCGCCGCUUACGCAGAAUAAUAAUAAUAACAAUAAGCUGAUACCAAACCAAGUUUCAAAUUACACAAAUACUAAUAAUAGUAAUGGUAUUCCUAUAAAUGCAAUAACAACUACUAGUAAUGGAAUGAUGUAUUAUAAUCCCCAAGUGCAAUAUAAUAUACAACCACAAGCGCAGCCACAAGCACAGCCACAAUUACAGCCACAAUUACAGUCACCUUUAAUACGACAAGCGUACCCAACAUCCUCAUCAUCGAAUGGUCAUGCCCUAAUGAAUAACAAUAAUAAUAAUAAUGUUCAUACGGGUAUUGCACCACAACAAGAGCACAUUAAUACUCAAUCAGUAUCUCAAAAAGGACAAACAAAGGGAAAAACUAAUAAUACAAAUACUGAAGAAAACAAGAAUACGUUUUUAUCACCAUCUAGCAAUAAUACUAAUAACAGGAUAGACAAUUUAAUGAAGGAGAAACUUGAUAGUAGUAAAAACACUAAUAGUAAUACGUCCAGCAUUAAUAAUGAUAAGAAAAUAUUGCAUUGA